CAAAUGUGAUGAAGGCUGGUAUGGUGAAGCUUGUCAGUAUCCAACUACUUGCAAUCUUACACGGAAGAAAAGCAAUGAAAUGUGCAAGAAUUCUCAAGAUAUCAUCUGUUCUGGUGCAGGCACAUGUCAGUGUGGCAGGUGUAAAUGUGCCAACUCGGAAGGAGAUGGACUGGUCUAUGGUAAAUUUUGUGAAUGUGAUGACAGAGAAUGCAUAGAUGAAGAGACAGAAGAGAUUUGUACAGGCCAUGGAAAGUGUUACUGUGGAAACUGUUACUGUGAGGCCGGUUGGCAUGGAGAUAAAUGUGAAUUCCAGUGUGACAUCACCCCCUGGGAGAUCAAGAAAAGAUGCACAUCUCCAGAUGGCAAAAUCUGCAGCAACAGAGGCACGUGUGUCUGUGGAGAAUGCACAUGCCAUGAUGUGGACCCAACUGGUGACUGGGGAGAUAUUCAUGGAGAUACUUGUGAGUGUGAUGAAAGGAACUGCAAGGCAGUGUAUGAUAGAUAUUCUGAUGAUUUCUGUUCAGGUCAUGGACAGUGUAAUUGUGGAAGGUGCGACUGCAAAGAAGGAUGGACUGGGAAGAAGUGUGAACAUCCACGUUCUUGUCCAUUGUCAGUUGAGGAAAGUGCUAAGAAAUGCCAAGGAAACUCUAAUUUACCUUGCUCUGGAAGAGGGAGAUGUGAAUGUGGCCAAUGCUCUUGCUUCCCUCCAGGAGACAACAGAGUUCAUGGCAAAAACUGUGAAUGUGAUGACAGACAGUGUGAAAAUGCAGAUGGUGAUGUCUGUGGGGGCCAUGGUAUCUGUUCGUGUGGCUGGUGCAUUUGCCAGGACGGGUGGUUUGGAAAGCUGUGCCAGCAUUCAAGGAACUGCAACAUGACUGAGGAGGAGAGCAGAAGUCUGUGCGAGUCAGCGGAUGGCAUAUUAUGCUCGGGGAAGGGUUCCUGCCACUGUGGAAAGUGCAUCUGUUCGCCACAGGAAUGGUACAUUUCGGGUGAUUUCUGUGAAUGUGAUGACAGAGACUGUGACAAACACGACGGUCUCAUUUGCACAGGCAAUGGUGUUUGUAGCUGUGGAAACUGUGAGUGCUGGGAAGGAUGGACUGGAAACGCUUGUGAAAUCUGGCUCGGGAGAGAAUACCCUUAGCACAGAACAUAAAAGACUGAGGGGUUGAUUUGUUUGUUUGUAUUUUUUCUUUAGGCUGCUAGAACAUUUAAUUUCAGAAGUACUCAUUGUGUGGAUGUGGGUGUGCACGCACGCAUGUGUACAUGGGUGUAGAACACUCAUUUGAGGGCCUGGUCCUUAACAAAAUUCAUGACAAAACUAAGAAAAAGGAAUAAUUCAAAAUCACUUCGGAGCCAGAUAGUCCAAUCUUUAAACAGUGAAGUCAUAAAAUACUGACCCUGUGGAACUUCUGCAGAGUUUUUUUGGUAAAUUCAGUGGGACUGGGAUUCCACCCAUAAUUCCUAUUUCUUAAGCAACAUUUGGAAAAGGUGUAAGAAAGCCCUUUUUUUGUAACAUUAUUUACUUGAUUGUCACCUCUCCACAUCAGUAUGCAACAGUAUCCCUGCAGAAGAGUAGCGCUAGUUGAGUAUUUGGCAAUAAUUAAUUUGUUUAAUUUGAUGGUGUUUGACAAAUACAUCAUUCGGUUCUUUUUCUCUAACAAUCCUUAUUAUGCAUCAGCUCAUACAUUGAGAGAGUGGUCAAGACACAUACCAACAUUUUUUUUUUAAUUUUAUUUUGUCAAAUAAUUGUGUUUGUGUAACUGAGAUCCGAUUACCCAGCAUCCAAAGACUGAAGACCCAAAAUCUUUGAACAGACCCUUUUCCACAAGAGAACUUCUUUCUUUCUGUGGUUAAUGUGUCAGCAAGUUGGUGAUCUAGUCUACAUACUAUAAUAUUUUCAAAUACAUAACCUAUAGCAGUAUAAGGAAUGAAACUAGUAAAGAUAUAAACGUAUGAUUAGCUAUUCUGAGUAUGUAUCCUGCAACUCAUAUGUACUUUAUCAUACUGUUUUAUGUAUGUACAGUUG